UAUGUUUGUAAUCUCGCGACGAUGAUAGCGGAAUUUCCUGUAAGUUAAAAAAAAAAUCAUGGCGGACCGGCUAACCCAACUUCAAGAUGCUGUCAAUUCGCUUGCCGAUCAGUUCUGUAAUGCAAUAGGUGUUCUGCAACAAUGUGCGCCACCUGCAUCCUUUAGUAACAUCCAGACGACUAUCAACAAGGAUCAGCCAGCAAAUCCAACCGAAGAAUACGCCCAGCUGUUUGCAGCUCUCAUAGCCAGGACAGCCAAAGAUGUGGAUGUACUAAUCGACUCUUUGCCCAGUGAAGAGUCCACAGCAGCUUUGCAGGCGGCGAGUCUGCGGCAGCUGGAGGAGGAGAACCACGAAGCAGCAGCUCAUCUGGAGGAAGUGGUUUACCGCGGCGAUAUGCUUCUAGAAAAGAUCCAGAAUGCUCUGGCCGACAUCGCUCAGUCUCAACUCCGCACUCGCAACGGAGCUCCCAGCCAACCAUCACCAUCGGAGUCAUGACCCACAGGAGCUUUGGAAACUUUUCAUUCAUAUUUUGAUUCUUGUUCUUCACCAAAUGGAGGUCUCAUAUCUGUUAAACACAGUUUCUGUGCAAAAAACACUAGACAUUUUUUAAAGAUGAAACAAAGGGGAGGAUUUAACAGCACUAGAUUUGUACCUAAUAUUUUCCAUGACACCAAGUUCAGGAAAGUAACUUCUUGUGUUCUAUGUAUAUUAUCUUUUUUUUUUAUCUAUAUAUAUAUAUAUUUGAAAGUACUGUUCCCUCUUCAGUCUGAUUUAAAAGUGACUCCACUCAGCCCUCUAUGAGCCAAUAAACACAAAAAAGGGCUUGGAUUUUCCCCAUCCCAACUCAUACCUUAAUGUCAUGCCUGUGUUGAUAUUUGUUCAUUUUGAAUUAUUAUUUUUGUACUUGUCUGUAAUAAAUGAGGAAUUCCUUCCAUGGAA